AAAAAUAAAUGAACUUUAACGUAUGUUCCAAAGUAAGAGGUCUACCGCAUCAAGUAGCAGUUUUGAACAUUAAUACACUUGUAAAAGUAGCUAUACUACAAUGUACAAUUUAACCCCCCCCGCCCCAAUCCUAAGCAUAUUAAAGCAGACAGCAGAAUUUCUGCGUCAACAGUCAAUAGCUUCUCAUGCAGAAUGGCCAACUACUCCCAUAUUCAGUAAAAUAAGAUAAACUUCGAAAUGUAGUCGAAUAUCUACACAGUCUUUCAGGUGUUAACGUUGGGAGCUGUCCAGAGGUUGCCGUGGCAACAAUAAACAGGCGCACCGUGUGUUCCUCUAGUGAAACUCAACCGGCACCAAAGUUAAGACACCUGUGGACCUCAGCAGGUAACAAAAAGAAAUCAGACUGAGUAUCACACCCCGCCUGUGGUGUUAGCCACAAGCCUGACAGGUGUAUCCAAGCUGUCUCCUGCACAGCAACUUGACCCACUUUAUAGUCCACUGCACUUGGAGAGAGACUGAUCUACAAGACCGGCAUCUAGGAAAGCAUGACACCUGCAACUGUUAACAGAGUUUUAAUCACUCAGUUUGUGCCUGCCCAAACCAUGAAGCAGAGAAAAAGAGGUUCCACUGAAGAAUGAGAGCUGAUGUCAUUAUGCAGGCCAGCAGGUCCAGACAGUAUGUCCAGCUGUGCCAGGAGGGACACCAAGGUACUAAUGGAAGCUGCACACCAUGCCCAGAUAGUGGAGGAACUGGAGGCCCAUUCAAGAACCAGAAGGUCACAGCUGUGGUCCAGCAAUGCAGCCAAGAUGAAGCCAAAAGGCUGCAAACAAGUAUACCCUACAAGUUGACAACCAACAUGCUGAAUGACAUUGUUCAUUCACUUGCUGCACCUCCUGAGGGCAAAGUUCGUCGUAGUUUUAUCAGCCUGCCUGUCAUUAACCCAGAGAGACUGAAGACGGCCAAGGCCCUUGUAGAAAAAGCUGUCAAGAUGCAUAAAGUAUUUUCCAUCCAGGGCCCUUACCCUGUUGUCAGGGAGGCACUAAGGGCCAGAGGCUGGGUUGAGCAGCGCAUGCACCGCCCCAAUAAACAAGCACACCGGCGACACAGUGAUGACAGCAGAGCCAGCUCUAAUGAUGCUGGUGACAGCGACAAUGAUGACGAUGACUCAGACGAUGCCGAAAAAGAGCAGGAUCCAGAUGAACUACAUGAUCUCAUGUCUCGCAUGGUGCGAAAUGAAAUGGUUUAUUUUUAUUGGACAAACCGCAGAGACGCAAUCAACACCACAGGCUUGCAAAAAGAACAGAUUACCAAUCAUUUUGCAAAAGCGGGCAGCUUCACCACCAAGGCGGGGUUGUGUGUGAACCUGAGGAACCUGCACUGGUUCGAUUCAGCAGACCCAGACAACUUCUUCCCUCGCUGUUACAGACUAGGAGCACAGGAUGAGAAACAUGCAUUCAUUGAAGACUACAGGAGAACAGCCUGUAUCAGUCUUUUGAAGUACAUUGUGGAGAGGGAGCAGGGUGUUGAGGCGAUGAGCCACCGCAUUCGGGGUGUUAAGGAUCACAGGAGACGAAGCAAACGGCAAUCUAAACCCGUGGUCCUUUCCCAAAUGAUUGACAACGCACUCAAAGUGUGUCAGGAGUUCCUGGAGAGUCUGGAGCACAACGACAUAGACAUAAGCUUGGAGACACCACAAACACUUACAAAGGAAGAGUGGGCGCAGUUUAUUGAGAGUUAUUACCUUGUUGUUCAUGGUGGAGCAGAGAUAGAGAACAGCGAUCAUUUUGUCAAGUGCUGCAAAGCCAUGCUGCAGAGGCUAGGGGAAGUCUGUCCACAGCUGGACAUAGAUGGCAUACACAACAUCUGGAUCAUCAAACCUGGAGCAAAGUCCAGGGGCAGAGGUAUCAAAUGUGCCAAGCAUCUGGAUCCGAUCCUCAGGCUGGUGAAUGGUGAUCCAACCCUAAUCAAGGAAAGCAAGUGGGUGGUGCAGAAGUACCUGGAACGCCCCAUGCUGGUCCACGGCACCAAGUUUGAUGUGCGCCAGUGGUUCCUGGUUACAGACUGGAACCCCCUGACUGUGUGGUUCUAUAAAAAGUGUUAUUUGCGCUUUUCUACGCAGCCGUACUCACUAGAUACACUGGACAGCUCCGUCCACCUGUGCAAUAACUCCAUCCAGAAGCACCUGAGGCCAUCCCAACAAAGACAUCGAGGUAUCCCAGCAGACAACAUGUGGUCAGAUGACCAGUUCAAGACCUUUCUGUCCAGCCAGGGCCGGGAAGCUCAGUGGCAGACUGUGGUAGUCCCCGGGAUGAAGAAGGCUAUCAUACAUGCAUUACAGACAACACAGGAUCUGAUGGAGUCACGCAAAAACACCUUUGAGCUCUAUGGUGCUGACUUCAUGUUAGGACGUGACCUGCGCCCAUGGCUGAUAGAAAUCAAUGCUAGUCCCACCAUGGCUCCCUCCACCCCUGUGACAGCCCAACUCUGUGCUGCUGUUCAGGAGGACACGUUACGAGUUGUGCUGGACCGGAGAGUUGACCGCACGGCAAACACAGGAGACUUCCAGCUCAUAUAUAGACAGGCAGCAGUAGAAGUGCCACAGUAUGUAGGAGUCAACCUACUCGUUGAGGGCUUCAGAAUCAAAAGCCCCUGUCAGCUUCCGCCACUGAGGUCCUCCAACUCUUCAGCACCAAAACAUCGUGGCACUGUCAAGGAGAAGGAGCCCGCAGCAGAAAAAGUAAAGCCUCUGCCUAAGAUGCUGUUGAAGAGUGCAGAGAUUCAGCCCAAAAACGCCAGCAGUGGGGCACCACCACCUCCACCUCUCCCUGCUGAGCUACCUGUGCCCGUACCUAUUGAAACUGUCACACUUCAUUUGCCAAUGACUGUAAACAAGUCCAUCCACUUGCCCAUGAAUACCCAGUCUCAAUCUGUACUUUUGUGGAAGAGGAGAUCAGAGGUAUCAAAAGUCUCCUCAGACAAGGUCCAGCCCUGUACCUCAGAGAAGCACCAAGGUCCUUCUUCGCCUCUGGAGAUUACUGUUUCAAGAGAGCACAGACAAGCAGCCACUGGCACCUUGAGUGCCUAAAAGACUAAGCUUCAACAGAAAGUUUGUGAACCAAAUAAUUCUCAUGCACCGUGAGUUUGCACUUUUGUUUUUGCAGGGAUUUUUUUGGCCUACCUCAUAAUAAAGUCACAAUUCAAUAAGA